UCGAAGCUACGAGUUCACAUCAACCGCCGUUCUUCUCAUCCGCUGUUUCCCGCCAAAACGCCUCUCUCUCUCUCUCUCCCCCUCUCAAGAUCAGGACCAGAGGAAUUGAAUAAGCAACAAUGGAGGACGAAGAAAUUCGCAACCCACAAGAAGAGCCUUGGGAAGAAAGAACCCUCAACCUUCUCCAUCACUCCAAGAUCGACCAAGAUUUUGCGAGAACCAAAGCUCUGAAAAGUGGAAAAAAGAAGCACAAAGUGCGGCGGUUGAUGAAGAGGCCAAUGGCGAUCCCAGAAGUGAUCGUCAACCUGCAAGAUCAAACCCUCAGAGAAUCCGCUCUCCGUUCUCUCAGUACAUUCCUUCUUGAGAAAAGAGAAGAAGAUAUGGCGAAUUACCACAGGACCGGGUUCUUCUUGUAUCAUUCUUGCAGCACCAUGGCCAUUCUGCUACAGGAAGUUUUGGCAUUUUUUCACUUUUUGGCAGAUGGAAAUUUGACUAUUAGAGCAUCUAAGCGCGUUGUUAAUGUUCUCACCCUGUUUCAGUGUAUUGCAGCAAACAAAGAAACAAGAUUAAAAUUUGUUAAGUCUUGUGUGCCCAAUUUCGUGAUACCGCUGAUACUGUCUGAAAACCAGUUGGAAUAUUAUCAAAAUGUCCAAGCUGUCGCCCUGUCUGUGAUUGGCAUCCUCUGCCAGGGUAGAGAACCCACAGUCAUCCAAUGGGCUCUCGAGAGCCAUAUGGUGGAAGUAUGUCAGAUCAGCAUCAAGAAUGGAAGCGAACUCUCCAAAGUGAUUGGAAUGCACAUUCUUGAAGCCAUUCUUCAAGUUGACUCAGGGCUAUCUUAUGUAUGUAGUCCAACUUGUCAUGAUCUAUUGAAGAAAUUGAUGAAGACGUUUUUUCAUCUGGUUACUUGUUUGGCUGUGGACCAAGAUUUCUCUCCCCGCCUCCUAUUUCAUAUCAUUCGCUGCUAUAUUCUCCUGUGUAACCAUGUUAGGGGCUGUAACGUUGUAAUGGAGAAUCUUCCUCACAGCAUGACCGACGAUUCUUUCAGCGAACUCACUCUGGAGUUCCCCUUAAUUGGAAGGCUGCGACAACAACUGCUCCUGAGUGUUUGUGAAGUCGACAAAUGCUGCCGGGAUUAAACAACUCGAGCCUUUAUUAGACACGUUCUACAUCCCCGUCUUCUGGUCAUUAAGGGAGUUUUCUGGAAGAAGAAAGGAAGGUGAAGUUGCUUGCUCAUCUCAUUUGGUGCUGCUUCUGUGAUCCUAGUCAGUAGAGCUUCCUUCAUGCAAACUCUUGUAGUAGUUGGUAUUACUGUUGAUAGAUAGAAGAGUAGUAGCUAUUGGAAGAACUUUUUUGCUUUGGGAUUCAGCUGAGCUCUCUGUUAUGAAAUCUCUUCUGCUGCAUAGUUGAUCUUAAGAAAUGGAUUCUGAACAUCUGAAUGGCUUAAAACACAAAUCUGACUCGUAUUCCAACCACUAGUAAUUAUUUUUAUACAAAUCAAAUUCGAAGCACGCAUGCAUAAAUAUUCAGGUAAAUUCUAAUUAUGUACAUUUUAAUUUGCAAAUCGGUAUUAUU